AUGAAUGUCUCCAAACACAAAUCAUACAAAAACCUCAACUCCGUCCUCUUCCCUCUCCACACUUUCUUCGCCAUCCUCACGGCACACCUCCCCGCGCGUGUGGGAGCAACGGCGUACUUCUACCGCUACCUUACGCACAUCAGCACGCUGGCAACAGAGUAUGAAUGGGCGGCGGUCCUUGAGUACCAUACGCUCUACUUCAAUCGGCGGCGGAACAAGAUGCUGGAGGGGUCAUACGAAGGAUGGGCGGAGCCUGAAAUUGGACUUCUCAGCUCCCACGUGUACCCGCACCGGAAGCCGAUCUCGGUCAGCGCCAAGGCCACGUCAAAGAAGCCGCCAAGCUCGACGGAUCCUUGCCGCAACUACAACCUGGGUAAAUGCGGCGUCUCCAUGUGCAUGGGGCCGGCCCCACAUCUGCUCUUCGCCUGGCUGUGGCAAGGAGCACCCACUCACACAACACAAAUAGGGAUCUGGCACGACGUGAACGGCACGUCGGUUGCACGUCGCAGCCACCCCGCAGAUGAUCCCACGCCAGACUCUCCACUGCCUCCACUCCCACACGGCAAUCUCUUCCCUCCUAGACAUCCACCGCCCGCCCGUCCUAACACUGAUCCGCCGCGCAAACACAGCACCACCGGGCAAUCAUGA